CAACAAUUUUUUUUUUGCAGAAGUUUUUUUGUCCUAACUAUGCUGUCAUUGUGAGUUAUAUGAACAUUUUCAUUUCACGCCCACACUUUUUGACAUUCUAAUUUGACGUUAUGUUUACUUUUUUUCUCAAAUGAUAAAAUUUGUGGAUUUCCUGCUUUAUAGUUUAGCUUUUUAGUUUGUUGUAGGCAAUGGUUGUAGUUAGUGGCAGUUGGUUUAAAAAAAAUGUUGCUCCCUAUUCUCCUAAUGAAGACGUAACUGUUGUGGACGAGGAUGCUACAAUGGCUGCAAAAGCAGUUUUAAUUUGUCGCCCCAACUCACAUCAUUUCCAAGUGAGAACCCUAACCCUCGAUCAACCCAUUAAAGUAGGCCGAUCAGUGGCCCGCGCCAAACCAACAUCAACCAACGCCGUUUUUGAUUGCAAAGUUCUUUCUCGUAAUCAUGCUGUCUUGUGGUAUGAGAAUGGAAAAUUCUAUUUACAAGACACCCAAAGCAGCAAUGGCACUUUUGUAAACAAUAACAAACUAUCAGUGGAGAACUAUGAAGUUAGUUCGGGAGAUAUAGUACAAUUUGGUGUUGAUGUAGUUGAGAAUAAUCGGAAAGUAACACAUGGUUGCAUUAUUGCUAGUUUGAAGUUGUAUUUGCCUGAUGGAAAAGAAGCAAAAGCCAGUCCUAGUGUUAAUGAAGGUGACAGGCAUGGCAUGGUGCCGUUAGAUGAUCUUUACAAGUUAAACCAAAUACUUCAGGAAGCAAAUCAAAGAGAACAGUGUUUGGAAUCAAAACUGACUGCCCUUCAGCAUGUAGUUGAAGAAACCAAGAAAUCAGCUGAAGAAAGUUGGCAGGCCUAUGUUGGAGAAGAACGAUUGCUGAGCAGAUUGUCUGCCCUAGAAACAAAACUACAGCAAACCAGUAAGAAUUGGUCAGAAGAUCGAUUGAAAGAUGAAAUUUCAAAAUUGAGAAUAAGCAAUGAACAGUAUCAGGAAACUGCAAAAGCGACAUUAGAAAAAGUACACACUGAAAAAUUAGAAGCAGUAAGCUUAGCUGUGGAGCAGGAGAGAGCAAGAAUAUCUGCGGAACAAGAUGCACUAUUGGCAAGAGAGCAGUUAGGACAAGCACAACUUGAUCUCCAAGAAGUUGCCCAAAAACUAUCGGAGAUUCAAACUAGAUCGGAGGAGGAGAAGCACCAACACCAAAAACAAAUAAGGGAGUUGGAAAUCCAUAUGGAGGAGCAGGAAGCCAAAGUUGCAGAAUUAGAAGCUAAAAUUUACAAACUUACGGUGCAGAUGGUAUUUGAUCAGAACGAAAAGGAACGGCCUGAGUUAAUUUAUGAGGAUGAUAUGAAACUUAAGGAAGAAAUUUUAGCUGAAAACGAAAUGUCAGAAUCAAUCCUAAAUAAAUCAAACUCCAAUGGAUUUCAACCAAAUCACAUUAACUUAGUGGUAGCGCCAGUCGACGAAAAUUGCGAAGAGGAAAAGACUGAAGAGUUACAAUAUGAAUCUGUUACGAAAACAAACAAUGACGAGAAUAAGAGCAGAGAGAAAGAGGAAACCAGGCGAGUGUCAUUUAAGCUACCUGGAGAUGUACCUGAAGAAGAAUCUGAGAAUGACUUCAAAAGCCCUAAAGAACUAGAGGAGUCACUAGAGAAACAUGUUGACUCUAAAACUCUCAAGUACCAAUAUCAGUCGGCGCAAAAGGAGCAAAACGAGUUGCGAAGAAAAAUCGAAUUUUUGGAAAGUUUGUCUUUGGCUAAUAAACUGAAAAUCGACGAAUUAGAUCAAGCAUUGAACCAAGAGAAAGAUUUGAGCGGUCAAAGGUUGAUCGAGAAUGAAAAGUUGAAAGAUGAGCUUGUCCUGCUGCAGCAAAAAUUGAAGGAAAGUUGUAUGGAGAAUCAGCAGCUUAGAGACAGACUGGGAGAUAUGCUAGUAAAAAAGGAGAAUGCUGAAGAUGGGAACAAAGUCGAUUCUAAGGAGGUGGACAUUUUGGAAUUGAAAGAACAUUAUGCGCGAAGCAGGGACGAAAAAUUGAAUUUGGAGCAAGAGCUGUUGAAAAUGCGGACUGAGUAUAACCUUCUACGUGACAGUAUGUAUAAUAAAUGUUUCUUUUACGUCGCACCAUUGGUAGUUAUCAUCCUCUAUUUCUACGUAAGCGCUUGGAUUUCCUGAUC